UUCCAACGAGUACACUUUUUCUCAAAGUCCGCAAUGGAACCGUGUUUGAUGUGUGCAGGUAGUGGUCAGAAAUCAGGAUUUGGUUGUGGGGUAUGCCAGGGCUCCGGCCAGCAAUAACGGCGUCGUGUGCAUAGAAAUGUUUUCGUCCUGGGCUAUCGCCCUGGGGCAAUGCCGCUGUGACAGCUUCAGCCUGCUUGUCACAUUAGUAUUAAUAACAGACUCCAGACCGGGGAAGCGGGCCGAUCUGUGUGCAUCGUCUGUUUCUGCAUAUAAGAGUUCGACUUGCUUCAUACACUUUCAUAUGGUCUUUCGCGCCGAACCCAUCAUGCAACAAAACCUGCCGACUACAUCGUCGAGUUGUACGCCAUUCGCCACAGCUCAUCCGAUUUCACCGCCGUUGAUUACUGCCACGCGUGGAACCUACACUUGUUAUAUUGACUACGAGGGAAAACUUCAUGCAAUUACAUGGCGAGGGGAAUCUCAAUUCCCAGAUAUUGUUGAAGACUUUUCACGGGCAUGGAAACCUUUGGCCUCAAUCAUUCCUCAAUUUUGCUCGAAUGCAUGUGUUCGACAAGAAUUUACGAGCCCAAAUACCGUUCUCAUUCUUAGAAAUGUGAGGUCUCGUGCUAAGGGAAUCAGAUUUGAGUGGGUGUAGCGACUUCAUCAGUAUCCUAGUGGUUUUGGGCUGACCAUCAAGCAACGCUAUGACCAAAUCUUAAUCACUGGACCAUUUUCGGACUUCGGUGAACGAGCUAUGCGCUUCCGCCCACGAUGUUCUGGACGUUUUCAGCGCACGUUCUACUGCUGUCAAAGGUCGACGAAUUUGUCGAACGAGGUGUAACACGCGAGCUCUUAGAAGUGCCCUUGUGU